ACAAAUACGGUUAUUGAACUUAGACUUAUACACUGGUGCAGCUCAUUACCAAAAGCUUUAAAUACGAUUUCCAUAGCAACGAAUUGAUUUACGUUUAUUUAAUUUUAUACGUCCUAACAGUUAUUUUUUUGUUGUUUUAUUCAUAUUAACUAUGUCUAUUGUAGAAAUUAUUAACCAUGAUGAAGUCAUUUAUAGAAUUCUAGAUAAACCGCCACCAGAACCACCAAAAACUCCUAGAUAUGAAUCUCAGCUGGAACGACAACUUAAAGAAUUAAAAAUACCGAAGUUACGAAGAACUUUUGGGUAUGCAGAAACACCUCUUAACCCUCCUGAGAAGUUUUUAAGGCAGGGUGAAGGAGUCGGUCAUCCUAUUAAAAAAUCUGAUCAUAAAUGUAAUGUGUCAGGAAAACUUCCACCAGUUCCUAAACAUAAUGAUUUCGCAAAAAGGGCCGAAAAACCUAACACUAAUUUCAGAGUACUAAAUAUAAAAAAAGUAAUAAAAGCAAAACCUAAAACUCCGGAACCAAGGCUAGUGGAUACGAGAGAUGGACACAUUAAAAAGAUAAAAGGAUCGGGAGAAAUUCCAGAAUAUUGCCUCAGAAAAGAUUUUGGUCAAAUGCCUGCUUACUUAGUUAAAAGAAAUAGACGAAUCCAAAAACAACUUGAUAAGAUUAAAUACGCAGAGGAACAUAAAGAAAGUUUAUGCAAACUUAUUAGUGCACAAGAAAGACAGGAAUUGCUGAACGAUUUAAAAAGUAACUGGCAGAUUUUGCAAAAAGCUUUUCUACAGCUUCCAAUGUUGACGGAUACUAUACCUAAAAUUCUACGAAAAACGAAAAUGGAACAGGAAUUACGACAACUGGAAAAAGAUAUAGCUCUGGUUGAAUCAAACCCAUAUAUUUAUAUUUACGAAUAACGAAAUAAUUCGUACUUCUGAUGUUUUAUUUUUUAUUAUAAUGUUACGAAUAGUCUUUGGCAAUAAAAUUAUCCGAUA